AUGGCGUCGCCGUCCCGGCCGCUUCCCCUGGCCGCGGCACUGCUGGCGCUCCUUCUGGGGCUGGGUGGAACAGCCACUGCGCUGGCGGCCUUCGGCCGCAAGGCCAAGCUGAAGCUGCGGAAGGCCCCUGAGAUUGCCGGCAACACGGGAUUCCCCGCGCCGCCGGCAACGCGAAGCCGGCGAAGCCUCGCGCCGAAGCCCGAGCAAAGUGCGGAGGCAGAUCUCAAUGAAGAGCUAGAAGCCUUAGCUUUGCAGGUGCUUCCUGGCAAAGAGGAUCAGAGUAAAAAAGCCGAAAUUUGGAAAGCGCUGCAACUGAUUUGCAUUGAUGCAUUGGGCGACGGCGUUGAGGUGUGGCCCUUUGGCUCGAGUGCCAACGGAUGUGGAGAAGGAGGCUCUGACCUGGACAUGGUGGUAUCUGCAGACGAAAAGCCGAAGAGGAAAGCUGUGAAUGCCUUGCUGAAAAUUGCUGAUGAGUGCUGGAUGCAUGGCUUUGAAGUGGAGGACUUUCGACCAAAUGCCAAGGUGCCGAUCUUGAUGCUGUGGAAGGAUGGGCUUGACAUCGACCUGAGCUGUGGCAACUUGCUUCCACUGCUGAACACCCGGCUCUUACGAAGUUACACGCUCCUGAACCCGCGGCUGUCGGUGGUUGCGGCCGCGGUGAAGCGCUGGGCCAAGGCACAUGGCAUUGCCAAGACCUUUGAUGGCUUUAUCUCAUCCUAUGCCUGGACCCUGAUGGUGGUCUACUACAUGCAGAUCAAGGACCAGCUUCCCUCUCUGCAUCGGUUGAUGGAAUGGUCGCAAAAAGACUACCAGAUUCUGAACGACUACGCCUGGAACUUUGUGUCUUUAGAAGAUGCCAAGCAGAUGUGGCACAUUAACUCCGCCCACAUGAACUCCGCGGAGCUGCUACGGGGCUUUUUCAGUUUCUACGCCACGGACUUCGUUUGGGGUUCCUCCCAAGCAGCUUCACCCUUUGCACUCCUUCAGGAGGUGGUUUCAGUCCGGCGAGGUGAACGGGAGAUGCUCUCGAGCCGCGGGUGCUACCAGAACUUGCGGGGAAGGACUGGAGCCGCAGCCCAGUUGCAUAUCGAGGAUCCCAUUGACAUUCGGCGAAAUCUCAACUUCGCCUUGAAGAAAUAUGCCAUCAACGUGAACACCAUCCGCUUCGAGAUUGACUCUGCACACCAACUGCUACGAGAGGGCCGAGGCCUUACGCUGCUGGGUAUCCAGCUACCGCCGGGGCAGCCGGGCCGGCUGCCUUGGAGGCAGCGUGUUCAGGAAGGCUUCCUGGAACUUCCAGGUGACCCUUCAAAGAGCGUGUCCACGCGCUGCAUCUACUGCAACACAUCGAUGCCAUUGGCCAAGUUUUUGGACCAUGGCAAGUGUCAAGUGCAACGCCUUCGCCCUGGAGAGGCGUGUUGCGAGAUGUGUCUGAAAUGUUUCCUGCGAGCUGCCGACCUCCAGCAGCACCAGGAGGCCACGGGGCACCAGGGCCUCGUGAGUCGCGAUGAGGCGCUAGCGCUGGCGGCGGCGGCAGAGGAGGUGCCCAAGGGGACGCGAAGGAG